AUGCAUCCUGCCACUCAGUCCGCGGUCCUACAAGACCCAGACGCAGCAGUCACCAACGACUACCUGAACAUGUCUCCUUUCACUAGCCGCCGAGCGGCUUCUGAGCCAGAACAUGACCAAGAACCCCCGCUCAUGCACUUCCCACACUGCCGCCUCUCCAUCACGCCCUGCGACAUGUUCCCCGCGGCGGGCGGCGGAGUUGGCAGACUGGAACAGGUCGCUCUGCCUGGUUCGCUAGUGCGCACGCUGCUCGCCCGGGUUGGGUCACUCCAACCGCAGCUCCAAUUCCAGCCUAAUCCUGAGGACACGGCUACAAGUACUACUACAGACUCGCCAUCAUCGGCCCGACACCGCCGGACGGCACAACAACCACAACCACGGACGCAACAACAGCAAAUACGGAUCCGCGUGGAACCCCACGCCGACGACGGCGCCGAGUGGGUCUAUUCGCGCUGCCUCCUGGUCGACUUCACCGGCUUCUGCGAGGACGAGGCCGAGGCCCUGUCGGCCCAGGGCCGGCUGUGCUGCUGGGCCAGCGUGGUCCUGCAUCCGGUGGUGGAGCAGGCGGGCGGUACCACCGUGACGUGGGACCUGGGGUUUGUUGUCCACCGCGUGGGUGUUAGGGAUCCUGAGAGUGGGUGGUGUGAAUGUUUCUGA